AUGAUGGACGACUCCGGAGGUGUCCAAAUGGCGAGGGCGCUGAAGCGUGCAGCCCUGUGCCUGAUGCUCCUGCCCCGGUUCCUGCUGGCCGCCGCCAUGCUGUGGCUGCUGGAUUUCCUGUGCAUCAGGAAAAAAGUGCUGCUGAAAAUGGGAGAGAAACGGAACAGCCCGGACGACCCGCCGCUUUGCAUCUCUGAUUCCAACAAGAUGUUCACCUUGGAGUCCCUGAGGGCCGUGUGGCACGGCCAGAAACUGGACUUUCUCAAAUCGGCGCAUCUCGGGCAAGCUGCGCCCAACACCGAGGUGGUGCUGGUCCAGGAGCGCCGGCAGCGCGUCGUGCGGGAGUUCGCAGACAUUGCGGACUUUUUAGUUGUGUACAUCGAGGAGGCGCAUCCGUCGGACGGCUGGUUGAGUUCCGACGCGCCGUACCAGAUCCCGAAGCACCGCUGCCUGGAGGACAGGCUGAGAGCCGCCCAGCUGAUGCUCAGCGAGGUGCCCGGCGGCAACGUGGUGGUGGACAACAUGGACAACUCGUCCAACGCCGCCUACGGAGCCUACUUCGAGAGACUUUACAUCGUAAGGGAUGAGACGGUGGUGUACCAGGGGGGCAGGGGUCCGGAGGGAUACCGCAUCUCAGAGCUGAAGAACUGGCUGGAGGAGUACAGGAAGGAGCUGGUGGACCCCCCCACGGCGGUGCUCCAGGUGUAG